AUGACUUCCCUGGGCUCCCAGCCCCACAGGGCAGCAUUCCUGGCUGCCAUCCUGCUGCUGCUGAAGGUGGAGGUGGUAAACACUGAGCAGGGAAGCCCAGGCCCAGGGGAGAAGAGCCUAGAAGGGAAGAUGCCCCCUGCAGAGCAGGGCCAAGAGUUGUAUGAAGAGCACUUCAUGGCCUCCUCCGUGGGUGAGCAGUGGCAGGAGGUGGAUAUGGCCCAGCAAGAGGAUGACAUCACCUCAGAGACAGCAGGUGUCCAAGACCACCUUUUUGAUCUCACUUUCUGCUCUAACCUGGCCAGCAUCAUGCUUUUUUUAUGAGA